AUGAGUAUCUCUUAUUAUCUAUUUUUAAUUUUAUGGAAUAGUCUUCAAACUUGUAUUUUCCAAAAUCUAACACUUAAAACAUUAUUCUUAUUUGGAGAUGGUAAUGUUUUUAUCCCAUCACUUGAUAAUUUCCCUGUUUUGAAUGGAAUUCAAUCUGAAAACGCAACAAGUUAUCCUUUAACAAAGUUCCCGCCUAAACUAAACUAUUUGAGAAAUGUUAAUUCAUUUUUGAAUACCAUUACAAAUAUACCUGUAUCACCAUUCCUAUCUGAAUUGAGAAUAGAUUCUAAUAAUAUAAUGAAUCAAGGUAUUGAUUAUAAUAAUAUUUUAAAAGAUUCAGUUGGAAAUUUAAAAUUGGUGGUUUAUUCUGUUCCAACAGCGGUCACUAUACCAGCCAAUUUUAUAUGUGACUAUGCAAUCGAUCAGACGGGGUUGAUCUUGGUGUUUGGAUCGACCAUUAUGACUGGCCGAAAUUUGGGUUGGACGGUUGCCUCGAGCAACAACACUGUAGUGACAACAUUGGUGCCAAAUAGAAAGAUGCAGGUGACUGUCAACCAGGUUAUUACAGGUGCACCACAACCAUUCUCGAUCACUCUCAACGCUGCCUUGGGCUAUGUCCUCGAUACCACCGUUGCAGAGGCGGGCUUCAAUGUCACCAAUAUCAAAAUUCAACAGUAUAAUGGAGCACGUGCAUUGUUGGUCGUUACCUUUUCCAACCUAAACGAUUAUUUCUCACCUACUGCCCAUUUGGACAAUUUCACACCAGAUACACAAAUGAUCAAUACUGCCGACAAAACUAUUAUUUACCCUUUGAUUACUAAUUUAUCAUCGGAAGAUGAGUAUCUUGGAACAGGAUCGAUUGUUAAGGUUUCUGGUCAGUUUGGAGUUGGAUACACAACUCUGACUGUUGUAUUUCAAGAGGGAGAUUUACCCUAUACCAAUUGCGUACCAAUUGUAAACAACUUAACAUCGACAGAGUUUUAUUGUGUAUUAGAUUCAGUUCCAGGGACUCUUGAUGGUGCCACUACUACUGUUAAUGUUACAGAGGAUGGUUUUUGGCAAACGUUUACAACACAAAUCAAAACACUCCAAACUCAAUGUAAUGAACAAACUAAUUUCUGUCAUGGGCAUGGUGAAUGCAACAGAAGUUCAGUUUGUAUUUGUAAUAUCAAUCAAGGUUCUUAUUAUAAUAAUUGUUCCAAACCAUAUCCAUUUGCAACGAGUGGACAAGUGAACGAUCAAAAUACAACGAUCGAUUAG